UGUCUUGCAGAAGUAGUUAUUGAAUGUCAAUCUUGCUUGUGAAAAUCUUAUAGAAGCAGUGACACUAUAUUCUUGUUGGAACUCUCUUUGCAGUGUGGCUUGGAUUGUUUAGCUGAGUAUGUUGGUUAAUUGUCUUGGAAUUUGUUUCUCCAAACCAGCAAGUUCAUAGUGUAUUUCUAUUGAAUUUUAAAUCAUGGAUCAUGUUAGCAGAAGCCCCAGCAGAAAAUUUUGCAAUUAUGACAAGAAAUCUUCUAGGUAUGAUGAAAUGAAGUCAACUAAGUCUCAUGCUCAUAAGUCAUCUUCUGGAAAAAAAUCUAGAUCUCAAUCUGUGGAAAAAUAUUCUAAAUCAUCUCAUCAGCACUCAUCUAAAUCACUGGAGAGGAAAAAACAUUCCAAAAGAAGGUCUCAAAGAAGAAGUUCUUCUAGCUCAUCAGAUGAAAGCCAUUAUUCAAAAAAAUCAGUAAGAACUAAAACUUCUAAGCAACACAAAAAGAAAAAAAAGAAGAGUAGAUCAUCAUCUUGUAGUUCUGAAGAAGAUGAGGUGAAAUUGUUGAAGAAACUAGAAGCUGAGCGGCUACGUCAGCUGGCUGAAAAGAAGAAAAAGAAAGAACUUUUGAAAGCAAUAGAAACUCCAGAAGAAAAAAGAUUACGUCGUCUCCAAAAGAAGGAAUUGAAAGAACGCAAACGUAAAGAGAAAAUGGGUUGGGACAGCGAGUAUCUCCACUACACUAAUGCAGAUAACCCAUAUGGUGAUAACAAUCUCCUGGAAACUUUUGUGUGGAAGGAAAAGCUGUUGAAAGAAGGUGUGGCAGACCUCUCAAAGGAAGAAAUAGAAAAAAGGAAUCGUGCUAAAAUGGAAGAAAACAGACUUGAACUUGAAAAGGUGAAAAAAAGACGUCUGGAGCGCGAGCUGGAGAGAGCUGAGCGUGAAGCACUGGUGGAACUGGAGCAACGGCAGAGAGAAGCGGCUCAGUUUUCGCAGUUCUCAAAGCAGGAGGAUAACUUCCAGUUGGAGCAAGCCAGAAUUCGUUCCCAGAUCCGUGUUGAAGACGGCCGGGCAAAACCAAUAGAUUUGUUAGCUCAGUACAUCAGCAGUGAGUGUGAGCUCACAAGCACUGGAGUCCUGCAUGUGCAUGAACCCUACACACACCUCACAGGACUCACUCUUAACGACCUGGAAGACCUCAUGGAAGACAUCAAAGUUUACCAGCAGCUCGACAGGGAUAGCAAAAACCAGUGGUACUGGAGUGACCUGACAAUCAUCGUGCUGGACGAAAUCCGGCGCCUUAAGAUGCGUGAUGCUGCUACUGACACGGCGGCGACUAGCGCCUCUCAGCGACAUGGCAUUCACAGCGCUGUUGCCGGCGAGGUGACUACCAUGUUCAGGAACAAGACGGUUGCCGAACUGAACAAGCUGCAGGCUAGCAUAGAGGCGAAGCUGUCUGGGAACACCGCCGGCGUUGACGUUGGUUACUGGGAAAGUCUGCUCAGUCAGCUCAAAGCAUUUCAGGCUCGUGCGCGACUCCGUGAGCGUCACCGUGACAGCCUCAAGCACAAACUGGAGCUGCUCAAAGCUGAGCAAGGAGUCCAGCCCAUUGACCCCAGUUUGAUGGAAGCAUCGUUGGUUGCUGGUCCAUCGGCUCCAAUUCAGUCAGGCGAAACAAGUGCUGCAACAUCCUCAUCACAGGACAGCUCGUGCGACACUGACGAAGAGGUUGCUCGCUAUAAUUCACAGAACGACAAGUGUGACGAGAUGGUGGCUAUGGCAUUAGCCGCUUAUAGCCAUGAACGCUUCUCACCCAAGCUCAUUAAGAUAGAUAAUCUGGAGGCGGGCACAGAUAUUAUAGAAGAAGAGGAAGAUGACAAGAGACUUGAGUGGCAACGGUCAUCUGUGCUGAAGGAAGUUAGGGAAGGCCAGAAUUGCCGACAGAGAGAGGAACUUACUGAGGAAGAGAGACGUCUCCAAAAGGAAGCUCAAAAGAACAUGACCGCUGAUGAAGUGCAGUUUAGCGUGGAAACAAAAUUGGAUCCUCAGCAGUACCUGUGGUCGGACAAAUACAGGCCCCGCAAACCUCGCUACUUCAACAGAGUGCACACUGGAUUUGAAUGGAACAAAUACAACCAGACCCAUUACGAUAUGGAUAACCCUCCUCCGAAAAUUGUCCAAGGCUACAAGUUCAACAUCUUCUAUCCCGACCUCAUAGAGAAGGCGGACACUCCUCAGUAUGAGCUGAUACCCAUCAAGGAUAGCCCCGACUUUGCCAUGCUAAAAUUUACUGCAGGACCUCCAUACGAAGAUAUUGCCUUCAAAAUAGUCAAUAGGGAGUGGGAGUACUCGUACAAACGCGGCUUCAGAUGUCAAUUUCACAAUAAUAUUUUCCAAUUGUGGUUCCAUUUCAAAAGAUAUCGCUACAGAAGAUGAUUUUUCAUGUGUUCACUUACGUAUUUUGUAUUUUUGAGUCUGCCUAUGACUGAUUUAGAUAUCGACGAACAAAAGUUCUUCAUUCCGUGAGCGCCUUACUACAGUUAUUGAUUUUUUUAAAAUCAUAUUUUUUUGUGAUCAUGUUUUCUGCAAAUUUAGUGUGCCGGCAGUGACUCAGGGAGCGCCAUACUCCGAUUGUAACGAUGUCUAUUCUUUAACCAAAUAUGGAACAACAAUUUCUAGCACUAUAUAAACACCCUUAGGCAUUAUUGUGCCCCUUCAACAAAAAUAUACAUAGUUGGUACGGUAAAUGCCGUUUUUAUUGUAUAGUAGCGAGCCAAUUGUAUACUAAAAAAAACGAGACUCAGUCCAAAUAGCGAUACACUUCUUGCUUUUG